AUGUCCUACCCCUCCGAACUCUUCUCUCUGUUCUUCUGCCCCCUCUGCACCCCUCCCGGGUUCCUCGUAGCACCGACAACUCUUCGCUGUGGUCAUACCGUAUGCUCUGCUCAUAUCUCAUCGUCCGCUUGCCCCAUCCCGACCUGUUCCACCGCCCAGCAUCAAGAGUUUACGCCAAACAUACCGUCUUCAUCGCGCGUCGCGUUCUUCGCUGCACCUCACCCUCCCGAAGAUGACUCGUCCGCACUCCACACCCAUCCCAGACUUGAUGUUCGUAUAAACAAUAUCAUACAACUCCUCCGCCACAGCAGUUUGGGUGGGCAGGAUGCCUCGUCCUGCUCGGAUGACGAAUCCGACCGGGACGACGACUCCGGCGCGCCGGACGCUUGGCCGUCUUCCCCCCAGUCACAAGCUCCGACUCCACGGAGCAACGCACGGACGCUGGCCCAGGCCCCCUCCACUCUCGAUCCCCCUCCCUCUUCUCGUCCCAUCGACACUCUUGCUGAAUUUAGCAAAGCCCUCACCGCAGAGCUCACAUGCGAAAUCUGUCUCAUGCUCCUUUAUCAACCCGUCACGACCCCCUGCGAACACACAUUCUGCUCAAAGUGCCUACAGAAAUCACUAGAUCACAGCAUGCUCUGUCCACUCUGUCGGGAGGACCUCCCUGGAUUUGCCUAUUUUCAAGAACAUCCUCAUAAUAAGGUCCUACUCUCCCUUCCAGUCCUCAAGGCGUAUGCUGAUGACUAUGCAAGUCGUGGCGAGGCCAUAGAGAACGCAGAGAGACAUGCGCGUCUCGACACGCCUAUAUUCGUCUGCCAGCUUUCAUUUCCCGGCAUGCCCACUCUUCUUCACUUUUUCGAGCCGCGUUACCGAUUGAUGCUGCGUCGGUGCCUCGAGAGCCCCUUCCCCGCAUUUGGAAUGAUCAUGCCACCCCGUGCUGCUCCGCUAUCGGGGCACGGUACAACUGCGGGGUCGGAUUUUGGUACCAUGCAUGAAAUACGAAGCGUGCAGAUGUUAGCCGAUGGUCGAAAAGUCCUCGAACGCGACUCGCUGGACGGGUACAUGGUCGGCAGAGUGGAGAGGAUUGACGAUUAUGACGAUGACCUAGGCGAGUGGGCAGCCGAAGAGGUUCAGUCACCUAUCCCCUCAUCUUCUCGUGUUCCGUCAUUUGUGUCACGUCCGCCGUCUCCCAUAUUGCACACACGCGUAAUGCCCACGCGUUCUCUACGAAGUGCCACGCGCUGGUCAAGAUCUUCGCCUUCGAACUUGAGUCAACGGUGUCUGUCGACCGAGGCAUUGAUGACAGCGUGCCAUGCGUUCCUGUCGCAGUUGUGCGAGGGAACAGCGCCGUGGGUGGUGCAACGGCUGAACCACACAUACGGUCCACAGCCACCGGAUAACAAUCCAGGAGCUUUCUCCUUCUGGAUGGGAAUGGUUUUACCCAUCGACGAGCACGAGAAAGCGAAAUUGUUACCGGUCAAGAGCGCGCGGUUGAGGCUGAGGAUGGUGGUUGGUUGGAUCGAGCAGCUAAACAGUAAUUGGUGGGUUUGGCGAUAUGGUAUGUGAAAUGUAGAUCUUGAACUGAUCAUGGUUGCAGGUGGUUUUCCAGUGGCUGUAUUGUCCUUAUGACGCCAUCCUUGGUUCGACCAUCUGCAUGCAUUUUUCUCACAUGUAUUCCACACAUUCCCAUUCUACACAACCAGACUAUGCCAUAUUACCUUUCAAUGUAUCUCAUUUGCAUCUGACCUCAGUCAUGUAACCCUUCCGCACUGCACCACUACCAUCUGAC